UUCAAAAGCACGUCGAGAGACGAGUACGUAGUGCCGUGUGCUGACAAUCCUACCGCAAUCGGUACACUUGUUGCUGGUUCUUUUACAUUUACCUCCCGCACGUCCAUUGGAGCUUUGGUGCGGCACAUCUUCGUCGGCAGUCGAAGCGAACGCAUCGCAACGAUAGAAAUUUAGUGAAUUACUUUAAAAUAUUCCAAUAAAUCGAUUCCAAGAUGUAUAAGCAAGUCACCGGCUGGGCGUACUGCGCCCUUAUAGUAAGCAGUUGUUUGAUCAGCACCUUCGCUUACCCAAACUAUCCAGAUAGUUUCGUACCGUCAAGGACUCCACAAUUACCAUCGCUACGCAUCGAGCGUAAAUUCGCCGAAAAACCAAACGCCAUCAAAAAAGUAGCUCUGGAUGAUUUGGAUGAUGUCAACACCAACAGCAUCUCGGAUUCUACUGGUGGCUUCUCGUGGUCCAACUUAUUAGGUAAGGAAGUUAUUGGAAUGGUCAUGCAAAUGAUCUUCAACCCAGGCGGUGGUCAACACGUCGGCCCCAACAAAUCCGAAGGUUUAGACGACAAUGGCAUCGCCCCAUCCCCAUGGGCUAAUCUCCUCUCAGUGGGUUUGAAGAUCCUCACCGCGUUCUUGGGCGGCGGUAACGCCGGUGGUGAUGGUAUUGACAAAGUCGACAACGGAUCCCCAAUGCAGGGCAUUCUCGCGGCGGUCUUGUCGGCGGUUGUCGGCUCCCAGAAUCCCGAACAGGUGAACACCAUGGCCAAACAAGCUGGCGAGUUCAUUAACAUCGUUGUGAAUCUUUUGGACGCUUUGAAGACAUCUUUCUCGCAUCGUUCACUCGCCGCGCGUAAUCUUGGCCGAAAAGAUUCAGUCAGUGACGCUACCGUUGCCAGUAUUGCAAUGGUCAAGGGAUACAUCCGGGCCCUUUCAACUGUUAACAGUGGAUGCACCAAGAAGUACCUGUGUGAUGCCAACGCUGAAUGUUCAGGAGACAUUGGCCAAACUAGCAUUUUCUGUCAACUUGGAACCUAUGCUACAAGCUACAUGUUAGAAAAAUCAACAAAUGGUCAAAGUUUCGAGGUUCUUUAUGAGGCUGGCAGGCGUGGAAGGUCCGGAGACAACUGUCACCAAGCUUACUUGGAAUGUAAUGAGGUGUAAAAUGGCGCCCGGACGCCAUUUUGUACCACAAUCAGGAUCGCAAUGUAAUUUCACUCGAAACGCGACGUGCUCACAAUAACUUAAUUUAUUCCCUUUUGUUUAACCCGCACGUUGUUACAAUAUUGUAAAUAUUACCCAAAAUCAACUCCCACGCGAUUAUUUAUUUCCGUUUCCGUUAAAUUACUAAUACGACUUUGUAAUAUUGAUAUAUAUAUUUUCACCAGGCUGAAUUUUGGCGUGCUAAACACUGAUAAUUUACAUUUUGUCUAUUAUUGCAUUUUGUAUUGAGGUGGCUAGUGAUUAUGUAGUAUGUUUGAAUUGGUUACACUUGGUUACAGCACUGUUACGUCCCGCGCGCUAACGCGAGGGACCAAUCAAAUGUUAUUUAUGUAUGUUUAUGUUUAACUUAACGUGCAAAUGAACCAAUAUGAAUGAAUUGGAUGCGUGAUGUGUGAGUGGAUAGAUUAGUUUUUUUAAAACGAAUGCAUGAGUUCUGAAUGAGUCAAUAAUUUAGCGGUAGAGCAAGGAGUGGCAAGAGACACAAGCGAGGCAAUCAUCUUUAUUGUAUUAGGAGAGUAUUAUUUAUACAAAUUUAUAAAUAUUUAUACGUAAUGAAGGCGGUGGAGAGUGGUGAGAUGGAAUGUUGGACGAGAUGGCACUAUUUAUGUUUUAUAAAAUGAUUUAUUUGGUAAUUUUUGUAAGGAAAACGAAUGUAAUUUAAUAUUAUAUUAUUUAUGUUUAAUAUAAAUAAAUAUUUAUAAUUAUA